CGUCAAGGCAUUGUUGGACCGUUCGUACAUUUUAUUCUUACUAUAGAUAUCUGACACCAGUUAUCGACUGCGUUAUUCAUAGGAGUUACCUACGGCUAACCAACGGAGCGCGUGCGAGACGCGCUUGAUUAUACAGGAUUAUUGUGGUGUGUGUGGUAUCGAUGAAUGAAUCCUGUUGCGCAGACCGGCGACUUCAUCGUAAGGUAGUCGAUAAGCAAUCCGAGUGAACGCGCGGUUCGCACGUACUCGCGACAGGACGGGCGAAAAUUUACGAAGCAUUCACUGUCGCACUCUCAGCCGAGUCGCGCUCGAUUCGUCUAAUUCAUCUAAUCAUCGCGCAUCAUGAUAUACGUUCGCGAACGGAGCUACAAAUUUGGGCGUGAGCGUUCUUCUGUCAAUUAUAUAUCGUGAAAACACGUUGUGAUAGAAAGCAGUAUUUUUUUUUUUGACAGCUCUCGAGCGAUCGAAUCUCGAGGGAAUAGGCGUUGAUAAUCAAGUGUGUGAUCCUGUGUGUGAACUUUGUGUGGCAUCGAAGGCGGUGGUGGGCGUGUGUGGGGAUGAACUGCACGGGAAGUGUAAAGUGAAAUAAAGGAGGUGGUGGAGGAAGAGUUGUGGCGGAGGAGGAGGGGGAGGAGGAGGAGGAGGUGGAUUGGGGCGCUUCCUGUGUCUCGGUUGCCCGAUCUAAAAAAGUUCUGCAGGUAGAAUCGCGCCUGUGAUCGAAUGCCUUUUCGAUGUGACGAAAAUGAUGAAGUGUGGGAGAGAGUGGUGGGCUUUGAGUGAAGGCUUUGAUACCUCGAAUCAUGACAGAGGCGUCGGACGAGUAAUGGUAACUAUCUGGUGAGGGUCCGCGCCCAGGUAAUGACGAGAGAUGAUAGUUCGGGUGGUUGGGUUCCUUUGAGUGGUGGUGGCUUGGCAAAUGUCUCGGUUAGACGUAGGAUUACUUCAUCAGGAAUACAUCAAACCAACAAUACCAAUGGAAAUAGUAUUUCUACUACAACCAACUCUGCACACCCUGUCUCUAAUGCGACUGUUGGCCUUCAAAGUCAUGGAUCAUCUAAUAUCUCUCCGCCCGGUGCAAAUAAAAGAAAGCACGAGUAUCUUAUUUAUGGCAAACGCAUUACCGAUCAAUCGGUUGUCCUCAGUUGUAUAAUUAAAAAAGAUUUUGAAUAUAAUAAAGUGAUGCCCACUUUUCAUCACUGGCGAACAGGGGAAAAAAAGUUUGGAUUAACAUUUCAAACAGCUGCCGAUGCAAGAGCAUUUGACAAAGGAGUUCGAACAGCGGUUGAAGAAUUGUUGGAAGGUCUGUCUGAUUUAACAUUAACCACCAAUGCUCCAGAUGCUGGGGACGAAGAUGUUUUUAUGACUUUGAAUUUGCCAGUGGAACCACCUGAACCACGUUCCUCUUCAGACACACCUCAUGGAAUAGUUCGAGUACCAAAUUAUUCUCAAUAUUCAGAGCUUCCCGAUUCAUUUCGAUCUAUUCAUCACAUUGGUGGAUCUUCUAUUAAGGGCCCACUGUCGCAACAUCCUUUGGCAUCCGUCGCAGAUAUUGGAUCGGAUAACUAUCCUUAUGUGCAACUCACCACGCUUAACCAUGAAUAUUUAUAUCCCAUCAUCGACGAUCAUAAAAGUGAAAGAUUAGACGGACAUAAUACUUCCAAUAGUGGAAGUUCUCUGAAGAAACCAGAUAUUAUAAUAUCCCAACCUUCAAAAAAUACUAUGAAACGUAAUGUACGUUUACGUUGCAAGCAUUGUCAAGAGCUGUAUUCAGAACAACAUAAUCCGAAAGGUUCCUGCGAAUACGCUCCUGAUCCAAUUAGACGUGGAAUCGCGAAAGUUUCUUGUUUAUCGUGUGCCCAAUGUAUGUUAUAUCAUUGUAUGAGUGACGCUGAAGGUGAUUUUGCACAAAAUCCUUGUAGUUGUAGUACAGAAGAGGGAUGCGGACGCAGAUGGUUUGGUUUGGCUUUGUUGUCACUGAUCGUUCCUUGCUUGUGGAUAUAUCCUCCACUUAGAGCUAUACAUUGGUGCGGAAUGUCCUGUGGAAUGUGUGGCGGGCGUCAUCAUCCUAUGGAAUAACUGGAGGAACCCUUUGAUGUCUCUGCUUCGUACUCAAUUGGAUCAAGCAACUUUUCUGCAUCAUGCAAUGCAGUCGCCAAUGUGUAUGAAUGUCAUGAUCUAAGUAUGGGUCGUUGUCAGAGAUAUCAAAGGGGUAGACAGCUUCCAGUACAUGCACUUAUUCAUCAGCGUCAUCUUUAAAAUAAAAUACAGUCAAAAUGGAAAUACCCAAUUUAGCACAAGAUGUCGCAUAUAGCUCCAACAUAAUGUAUAUUCCGUACAUUUUGUAUAUUUUAUUAGUGCAAAAUACGUUAUUUAAUCUCACUGUACAUUAAACAAUUUGAGGUAAACUAGUAUUUACAGUUUGAAUGAUUAAUCUAUGGAAAGCACAUCAAAUGGACUCAGACCAACUAUUUGUGAUAUAUGGUGCACAUUAUGAGAGUGUAACUUCUGUAAGUUGACACCAAAAUUAAUUCUUCUGUUUCUUUCUCAGUUUGAUUAAUUUUCAUACACACAAUAUUUAGUGAAGAAAUAGAUAAGAUAACUAUAAAGUUUUGCUAGAAUUAUCAGAAUGUAGAAUAUCAAGAUGUAUCCUGUGAUUAUUGGAUCUGAUUCAGUAAACAAUUUAACUUGCCGAGCCAAUCUUAGUUUUUUUUUAUUGUUUAUAACAUAGGAUUAAAAAAUAAAAAACUUUUGUUUAUACAAGUUUUCUUUAAUAAUAUGAAUAAUAAUUGACAAAUCUGACAGCAUGUGUAUAUAUGUUUGAAGAUAAAUAUAAAAUUUAUAUUUUUUGCAUUUAUAUAUAUACACACACAUACAAGAUUGUGAUUUUAUGUUUAAGGUACAUUAUUUUAAAUUCACAUUAAUAUAUCCAAUUUCACAUUAUUAGAAUAUAAAAUAAAACUGUGUACUUUACCAUAAAAGAAAAGAGCACAUAUGUAAUCUUCAUACAUAUGUAAUUUUUGGAUAAGAUAUUUAGAGAUAUAAUAUGAUUAUAAUUUUUUUCAAAGCCACUUUUUAUUUAAACAUCAUUUUCUGUGCUACAUGUUAAUAAUAUUGAAAUCCAUGUAAAUAUCAAUAUUUAUAAAUAUUAUUUAUGAUUUCAUAAAGUAUCGUAACAUAGAAGUUCAUUCUCAUAAUAUUUGCCUUUACUUUUUACUAAUUCAUGUUUAGUACGCGCGCUGGCACGUGUGUUGUGUGGUAUUGUGUAUGCAUGUGCAUAUGAGAAAGAAAGAGAGAGAAAGUGAUUUAUUUAUAUAAUAAAUUAACAUUUGUACUAUACUUUAUAUUAUAUUAUAGAUAUAUACAGAGUGUUACUAAAAUAUUUUGAUAGAAAAAAGAUUAUAUAUAUAGAUCAAAGCUCAAGAAAAAAACAUGUAUACAAAAUUUGCAUAAAAAUUUUAGUAACAUUCAGUAUAUAUAUUGGAUUUAUAUAUAAAAUGUACAAGUUAUUUUCUCGAAAAUUAGCAGUACUUUUUAAUAUAUUUUAAAGUUUUUUAAACCCUUUUUAUAAGAUAAAGAGAUACGAGUACCAAGUUUUCAAAGAAGGCAUUCUUUUAUCUUAUACAUGUAGAAAUUUACAAUUUAUAUAUAAAUAUUUGUACUAUUUUCGCGAGUUAUAUUUAAAUUAUAAGUGACAUUUUAAAUAUUUUUAUACUUUUGUAUAAUUUAAAAAAUUUCUUUUUUUCACUAGGACUACUUUAAAUGAAAAUGCAAUAACUCAAGUCGACAUGUCAUUUUCAUGUCAAGAAUUAUUUUAUUAAACGUUCAAUACAAUGUUUGUAUACUAAUAUAAAUUUUUAUCAAAUUUUUAGCAAUAUUAUUUGUAUUUAAUAACAUUGUUGUAGUUUUUGAUGUCUAAGCGUAAAAAUUCUUGUGUAUUUAGUUUUUUUUUUUUUUUUUAGAAAAACAAUUCCUUGAUCAACUUGAUACAUAUUUUAUGUAAUUCUACAAAUAACAAAAUGACAUUUAAUUUGGUGAUUGCAAAAACAUAAGAUAAUCAUGAAAUUAUUUUUCUCUUCAGUUUCACAUCCUAUCUGUUUGCAAAUCUCAUAUUUUGUAAUUUGCAUAAUGUGUAAUACAAUAAUUAGAACUACUUUCUAAAAUAUUAAGAAAAGAUAUUAAAAGAAAUCAUACUCUACGCAUUAAUAAAUUUAUUUUUUAUUUCAUGUAUACAUAUUAUUUUAUUUAAAAAUAUAAUAAAAGUAUGUAUGUGUCUCUCUGCUUAAAAUGUUGGAAGAAAAGAUAUAUCACUAAUUUUAAUAUGUGAGAAAAUCACUUGUGACAUUUUAUGUAAAGUCUGUAUAUAGAAAUGUGUAUAAAAUGUUUCAAAACCACGUGUCCUUUUAAUCGCAGCUUUUUUGACCAAUUUAGAGAUGAUGUUUCGCAAUGGAUUUCUUUAUUCAAAUGCAUUUUUAAAAUUUUUAACAUUAUAUGUCUUUGCGAUGUAAUAAGUAUAUUGUAAAUUAAAAUCCAUUAUAAGUGUAGCUUAAAUUAAGGUUUCUGCAAUCAUAUUGGAUUAAAACAUAAAAGGUAAAAUAAACAUAUGAAACUCUUAUUCCACUCUAUAAUGUAAGUAAUCUUUUUUCGCAUUAUUUUUUAUAUUUUCUAAAUCUAGAUUUAUGAAAUAAAGAUUAUCUUUUUUUGUCUUUGUAUAUUAAAUAAAAAUAAAUAGCUAUAUUUUAUCUUUUUUUAGUCACAAGGUUUAUUCUUAUGGAAUAUAAGACACAUGUUAUGAAUUAUAUACUCAGGAUACUAAAGGACUAAAUUUAAAACAAAAUUUAUUUGAUAUAUUUUACCAAUGUAUGUUAUCGAAUAAGUGAACGUAAAAAUUUAUUUAUUUCGAUAUACAAUGCAAAAAAUAAAUGUGAGUUUUUGCUUUUUAGAUAAUCCAAUAUGGCUACAGUAAAAAUUCACAGAAACUUGAAAAAUUACAAUUAUCUAUUUUCUCCUCAAUGCAGAGCUUAUAUUGGGAUAAUAAUAAGUAAAUAGACUUUUUAUUUGUUCAAAUAUAUAUAUUCUUGUUUCUUUAAAUAUAAGAAGCACAAUAAAAAUAUUAAACAUAUUCAUAUUUUUGAUAGAAAGUUUCUUUUUGAUUUAAAAUAGAGAUUUAUUUCGCGCCACUUUUUGUUUAUUUGAUGAUUCAAUUUGAAUAAUGAGAUGUCUGUUUAUUUAUGUUACCCUAGUAUAGUUUGCAUGUAUGCCAGAAGUACCUUAUUUUCAAUAGUUAAUUACUUGAUAAUAAUAUAGAUAUUUGGAAAUUUUAGUUGAAAAAUCAAUUCCAAAUAAACCAAAAGAAUCUGUAAUAAAAAGGAUAUUUCAUGGUUUUUGAUGUGUAACUAUAAUGGCACAAUCAAAAGAAGUGACAAAUCUGAAAAAACAUGAAAAAAUAAAUUGAAACUAUAGAACAAAUUUUUUUGUAUGAAACAUUAUUUUUGAGAGAAUCGAUUUUAAAGAUUAAAAAAAUUAAUAAUGGCUUUUUUUCAUCUUCAAUUCUUAGAUUGGCGCGUUAAACUUUCAUACAUGUUUCAUUCAUAUAAAGUAUCAUUGUAUAUCAAAUGAAAAUAUUUAUAUAGCGUUUACAUAUAAACAAAUAAAUAAGAACAAAUGUCACUUAAUAUUAUUUCUUAAGUAUUAGGUAAAAAACUUGCGCAUUUUAAUGUUAAAUCUUAGUUUAUUUUUUUUUUUCUUAGAUUAAUUUGAAAUAGUAGAAAAGAGAUAGAAUUCGCAAGAUUGUCACUAUAUUUUAUCAAAAAAUUUAUUGAGAUUAUAUAUUUUAUUGAAUUGUUAUCAUUUUGAUAAUGUAAUUUUUUAUAUCACUGUGUUUAUUUUUCUUUUAUUUCACUCAAAUAUAUUUAAUUAUAUGUAUGUAUAUAUGUAUUAAUAUAUAUUUGUGUGAGAUACGAUAUCUCAUGAAAUUAUAGUCAACUAUUGUGGAGAAUUCUAUAGAAUCUCUACAAUGAUAGUUUAAAAAUAUACCCUUGUGGAGUAUUGUAGCACUUCAUGCGCUAAUCUAAGGGUUAAACUCGAUCUUUAAUGACUUUGUGUAAUAUGUCACAACUCAUGUGUUAGCAGCAAUAUUUCAAAGUAUGACUGAAAUCAGAUAAAAUUAUCCUUUAAAAAAAAAGCAUAAGAAGAAUCUAUACUAAUUCCAUAUACAAAGUUAUAUGUAAAAUAUUAAGAGCACAUCUUUCUUUCUCAGAACAUUAUUAAUUAUUCAAUUUCCAAAAAUUUUUCUUAUGAAACAAAAUUAUUGUGUAAAAUACGUACAUAUAAUGAAUUUUAAUGUAAAUAUUUAUUCUGUAAGUCUCAUAUUUAAUCAGAAAUUUCAAAAGUUGUCUUGCAAAGAUAGUUUUAUAUUACAAGUGUGCUUGUACCUUCUUCAAAUAUUACAAUAAGAAUUUUGUUCAUAUUGUAGAUAUCAGAUUGUUUAUUGCGAUAAAAAUUAAUAAAUUUUAUGUAAACUUCGCAUAUUACUGUUAAUUUUAAGUAUUUGGCUGAUAUAUAUUUGUAAUAUAAUAUAUAAUUACACUUGUAAAUAAUAUUUUAUUAAUGGUGGAAAAUAUUUUUUUAAUACACACACACACACACAUACAUACAGAAUAGUUCCAUUUUAUAUUGUACAAUUGAAUAUAUAUUUUUGAAACAACCACAUAUUUUUAAAACAAUAAUUUGACUAAAAAUUUUGUAUAUAAGUCCUCUGAUUAACAGUUUUAUUUCAUAAGGAAGUUUUCAAAGUAAGAUUUCACUUGUAUUUCUUAUUUUUAACAAAAGCAUAUGAUUUUUUUACAUAUAUCAAUUUUCCUAAUCAUUCUUUACAUAUUAAAGCAGAAAUAUAAAAAUAUUCUAUAAAAACUAAAAAAAUCUAUCAUCAAUAUAAUAUUGUUGAUUAUAUAUGUAUAUAUAUAUGUGUGUGUGUGUGUGUAUAUAUAUUUUUUUUGUGUGAAAAAUGUAGGGAAUAUUUUAAUGUAUAUAAAUAUUUCAUAAAAUAUUCUAAAUUGUAUUUCACGAUAUAGUAAAAUAAAUUAUGAAACAUCUCGUAAAUUAAUUUGCUUUUUCUAAUUUUUUAUUUCAGUAUUUUUAUAUGCAAAAUAAAAGAGAGAGUCUUAACAUGUUUAAAUUUUGAAAAUCUUUUGAAAUCGUAUUGAUUAUACAGGAAAGAUGCCUGUUUCUUUUUUAUUUUCUAAAUAUAUAUAUUUUUUUGAGUUUUUUAGAGAUAUAUAAAUAAACAAUUUAAAAUGGGACAUUCUACACACACAUAAAUACAAAGCUAAUUUUCUCGACAAGUAUGUUGUGAUGAAAUAUACCAAAUGAAAAAAUGCACGUGUGAUAAUUCCUACAGGUGUAAAUGUAUGAACUUUUAUUUAAAAUUGCUUUAAUAACAAAGCAAAUAUAAUAAAUGUGAUCAAACUGAAAGAUUGCAACAUGUCUGUAAAAAAUUAAAAUAAUAUAUAAGAUAGAAAUACAAAUGAUAUAUAUACACACACACGCACACACACAAUAUAAUAAAGUCUGUAUGAUUAAUCGAUGGUGAUAAUAAAAUAGCCAAAAGAUGAGCUAGAAUAUAUGAAUGUAAAAGAGGAUGUCAAAUAGAUAGAGAGUGAAAGUAAAAAGAAGAAAAAGAAAAAGAAAUCGAAAGAGAGGGGAAAAAAAAUAAAAGCAUAAAAGAAAACAAAGUAAGAAAGGCGGAGAAAGGAAAGAGAAGAAUGAAGAAGAUCGAGAUAAGAAAACAAAUAAUAUCUUAUGUGUGUGUUGUAUGUGUGCAUGAGGAAAUAAAUAGAAAAGAGCAUAAUUAGGAAUGCAAAUCUAAUGCAAGUGCAGGAUAUUCUUAUUUGUAUUAUUUGGUAUACUUUACCAGAUAUUAUUUUCAUAAUCAAGAAUAUAGCAUUAACAAUAUUUAUCAUUUUGAGAAAACAAAGAACUAAAGUUUUGAUCAAUUAAAUUUAUAAAAUAAAUAUGUGUUGUAUGUAUACACACACACGCACACACAUACUAUACAUUAUUGUUUAUCAAUUAAAUAAAUUUAAAUUUUUUUACAUGAUGUUUAAUGUCCUAUAAAGAUCUAUCUUUAAUAUGGUAAUUUAUUAAUUGUGCAAUGGAUAUUGGAUUUUUAUUAUAUUUCCUACGUUAAAAAGAGAAAAAAAUCUUUAAAAUUCUCCAAAAAAGUUCAAAAUUUUUGUAAGAAAUCAUUUCUGGGAUAUCCUGCAUGUAUAUUAAUCAUGUUUGCGUUCAUGAAUAAACAAAAAAUAAUAAUUUUAAAAGUUCUCAAACUGAGAAAAUGUUUAUGGUGCCUGUUUGAAGUAAUAUCUUUAAUAUUUGUGGCAGUAUAUAGGUUCGGAAACUAAUCGGAUAUUUUCCAUUAAUCAUAUGUAAAUGCGGCAAAAAAGAAGAAAAAUUAGAUUUUUAAUUCGCGAAUACAUUAUAUCAUAAAUGUGUUAAUAUUUUGUAGAAAAAAAGAUAUGUACCCUAUAAAAUUUAGAUAUAUAAGAAAUAAAU